UACAGCAGCUGCCGUGUAAAGUAGAUCUCGUCAUCCGUUGCCGCCUCCCCGCGGCGCAGCGCGAACAUUACGACCGCCUGGUGGCGCUACUGUCUGCCAGCAUGGCGAGCGAACAUCACGCGACGCGCGACAAGGCAGCAGGAAUGCUAAUGCAGCUUCGUAAACUAGCCAAUCACCCGCUGCUUCACCGCAUCAAGUACACCGACGAAAUGCUCCACAAGAUGGCAGCACUCAUGCUCAAGGAACCGUCUCACAGGGAUGCUGAUGCUAAGCUUAUACAGGAGGACAUGGCGGUCAUGUCGGACUUUGAACUUCACAAGCUGUGUCGGAUGUAUCGGAGUGUGGAGAAGUUUUCUCUGCCACCAGAGGAGCUGCUGAUGUCAGCAAAGUUUGAAAUGUUAGACAAGUUGCUGCCAACGAUGAAGGAGAAU